CUCGUCGUGACUGCAUCACAUGUCGGGACGAAAAUUUUGAAAUGUUUAAAAUUUUGGCACGACAAAUUUUUCGUGACGGGUUCGUUAACUAUGCGCAAACUGUUCGUGAACUUGUCGCGAACAGUGCGGGACAAUGCAGGAGGAUGCGCACCAGUGCGUGCCAGUGCGCGCCAUGCCACGACAUGCACGACCUGCCACGCAUUGUUCACGAACUGUUCACGAACUGUUCACGACAAGUUUGCGACAUGUUUACGCAUUGGUGCGCGUCGCAGCAUGGUCGUGCGUUACCCCUGACACGGUCACGUGUACUUCACGCCUUGAUGGCACGAACAGUUCACGACUAGUUCACGCACUUCACGAACAGUUUGCGCUUGGCACGAGCAGUUCACGACGAGUUUGCGAGUAGUUCACGACUAUUGCGCAACUAUUGCGCAACAGUGUCGCUCGCGUCAAUGCGGGGGUAUAUAAUAGCCACUUCUCGCCAUUCCACAACUUGCCAGCAAGCAGACAACAUGCCGAAGACGAAACAAAUAGGUGGAAGAGCAAAGCAGAGAAGGCCACAAGCCGACAGGCCAGAAAAUAUUGGAGCAGAUCCAGAGCCAGAGACCGCUGAGAGAGAUAAGUCCCUCCAGUCAUCCAUAUCAAGUGUCGAUGGCAUCCCUGAGACACAGCAGGAUACACUUGACACCCAGAGACAGCCAUCCAGUGAGGAAGAGGCUACCCGGCAGCAGAAGAAGCGGGUCCGGGUAUCCAAGAAGGAAAUCCCUGAAUACCGCUGGACAGAUGAGGGGGAGAGGGGGUUGGCUGACCUCAUCAAGGAAUACCCCCAGCUGUAUGACAAGAAGCAAAAGGAGUGGCUUAACGUGGCGACCAAGAACAGCCUGUGGAACCGAGUCAGAGAGCAGCUGAAUCCCCCUGCCACUGGUCCGCAAUGCAAGAAGCACUACGAGAACAUGCGCACCAGGGUGGGGAAGAUCUUGAAGAAGGAGAAGAAGAGUGGGGCAAGCCAGCCUGAGAGGAGUGCCCGUGACGACGAGAUCAUGGAGACUUGGAGUUUCUUAACACAGCACAUCGUUCAGGGAAAGACAGUCCCCAGUGAGCAGUUUGCUGUCCCCGAGUCAGCCACAGUGACGAGCAGCGACGAUGAGGAUAAUGAUGUCCAGUCUACAGGGUCCCAGAGCCAGGCAUUUACUACAACAGGCAAGGGCAAGGGGAAGCGGUCCAGGCCCCCAACAACAGAGACAGCCACCACAACCGCCGUCACUACCACCACAUCGGGGGUCACCCACAUUGACCUCAGUGAAGCUGUCAGGCAGAUCCUCUCCAAAGCAGACUCCCAGGGCGCCAGCCACUCCUACACCGGCCACCAGAAGAUCGUCCAUGAUUUCGUGUGCCUGCUGGAAGGGCACAUGCAGGGCAUCCCGGAGGAAUCCUGGCACGAGUUCCAGAUUGACUGCCUCAACCUGGUCCACCGUUACAGGCAGCGGCGUCCGCUCUUCCAGCAAUCACAGCAACAACCACCCAUGAUCUGGCAAGGCCCACAGCAGCAGCAACCCUGGCAGCCCCUUCAGCAGCAGCAGUUCUGGCACCCCCCUCAACCGGCCACCUGGCAGGCACCGCCACAGCAGCAGCAGCAGCAGCAACCUCCAGCAAGUCAGCCAGCACCUCAACCCUUGUUGCCGCCCCAGCCACCACUGGCCUCCCAGUCUUCAGGCCAGUCGUCCUGGACACGGACCACUGAGUGGGAACCACGGAUGCCACCUGCCCCGUCAGCGACUCUUGUCCAGUCGCCAUCACCAACCCAUUUAGUGUCGCCGUCAGUCAUCUUAAAGACACCUGUGACAUCACCCAGCUUCCCGGGCCUGACCCCAGGGCCCAGGGUCGGUAGGCAGCAUCCUAGAGAGGAGUUCACCCUCAACCCCCUUCACCUCCAAGGACCUUAACACCCCGAAAGUCCACCGUGUAUCCCCAGGCAGCGGUCCCAGCAUCAGCAAGGACACUGAGUGAGACACUUUGAAAAUGUUGUUUGUUGUUUUCAUGUUAAUAAAGUUGACUACUUUAAAACACUUGUUUUCAUUUUCACAUUAAAAUAAAGUUAGCCACAAAUAAAAGAGACACCAAAAAGGAAAAGAAAAGAAAAAUAAACGAGAAAGAUUUUAUUUCAAUAGUGGUACAAAUAUAGAUGCAGCUCAUGGGGAUACCAUUCUUUCUUGCCAAGGGACGGCACCAGCAGGGGACAUGUAGUAAUGUGACAGGUAGUCUCGCUGAUCCUUCGCCUCCCUCGCUGAAUGGUGGCCUGGUAGAGGCAUCAGCCCCAGCAGCUGCUGGUCGAGUCUCCAUCUACCAGGGAUCAGAUCAUAUGUGUCCGGAUCUUCGCGGUCCACUUCUGGAAUUGCAUGUGGGUAUCUGAUGAGGAGGAGGUUGUGUAGGACACAGGCGCACAUGGUGAUCAGGUUGAUGU